GUUGAUAUCAACUGAAUAUAUAUAUAUAUGAGGAUUGCCAAUAGUAAAGCUAAGAAUUGUCAGUGAAGUCAAAAUCAAAGGCAAGAUGCUCAAACUUUUCGUUUUAUUCAUUGUUUCUGCCGUAGCAACGGCUGAUCCAUUAAGAAACCAUUUCCGAUUGGAUCACAACGCCAGAAUUGUUGGCGGUAGAAAUGCAUCUAUUGAAGAAUUUCCUUACCUAGUAAGUAUUCAAACGUUCGGUUAUCACUACUGUGGAGGAGGAAUUAUUUCUGAAAAGUGGGCACUAACUGCUAGAACCUGUUACGUUUCUAUCAGAGAUUUAAUUCGUGCAGGUAGUACUUAUUCUAAUGAAGGUGGUUCUCUGCACACCGUCGCUCAGAUUAUUAGACACGAAAAAUUUCACUACAUUGACAGCAUCAACGAUGCUUCAGUAAAUAAUAUCCAGUUAUUACGAGUCCUUGAACCAUUUAAAUUUGACAAAACUCGUCAACCAAUGGCUCUUUUUAAUGCUAAUGAAGUAGUUCCAGCAAAUACAUUAGGUGAAUUGGCGGGAUGGGGCUUCACUGAGAAUGGUCAAUUGUCACAAAACCUGAAAGCGAUUGAUUUGAAUACUCUGACUCCACAAAAAUGCAAAAAUAGUUACGAUUUGUUUGGUGGACUUCAGGAGGAUCAAUUUUGUGCCGGUCAUCCAGCAUUUAAACAAGAUGUUUGUUUUAGUGACGCAGGCAGUCCUUUUGCCAUCAAUGGACGAAUUGCUGGGUUUGUAUCUUGGGCUAAUGGGUGUGGAGAACCUGGAUAUUAUGGAGUUUAUACUAAAAUUUCUUCUUACAUACCAUGGAUUAAAGAAAAAUUGGGAGUGUACUAAACUACUGUCAUGUUUCAUUAAUAAUUAAUUUGAUAUACUUUUGUUUGAUAAAUGAAUGACUUUAUGAUAUAUUAUACUUUAAAAUAACUUUUUUAUUAUAAUUCGUUUCAAUAAAUUUUGGCAUAUA